AUGGAGCCACCUUCUCCUCUCCCUUCUUCUUCUCAACCUUCCUCGCUCCCGUGUCACCUCGAAGAGCUCUACGCUGCACUUCGCGCCGUCGUGAAGCCUGAGUGGUAUCGGAUCCCCGACACCGCCAGCGAGGAAUGGAAGUCCCGCUUUCGGGAGUCGCUUGACUCGGCGACGCCUUCCUCUGCCCCGCCGCCCUCGUCAGCACCUGCGACUCCGCUCCCCGCUUCUUUUGCCGGCGUCUCUGACGGGAGUUUCCUCCGCACUCUCUCUCGGGAGCACCAGCUGCAUCUCCUUGUGAAGAUUUCUAGCAUUUUAGAAACUCCAUGGCUCGUCACGCAGAAGCGCCUGGAAGGCAUCAAAGAGGCAGAGAAAUCACGGCCGCUCACUCUAGACGAAGUCGUGACCUACGCGCGCAGGCUCGCCGGCAGCACGUCGGCGCCGCCAGAGACGAUGAACAUUUCGGAUGUCGUGGCGCACCAGUCGAUCUACCCGACGUGGCAUUUCCUUCCGUACCCCUCCAUGGAGGAGCUCCAGGUGUCGCGGCUCGGCUUUCUGGCCUCGAAACCCUUCGACCGCGUUUGCUUUCCGCCCGAGGCGCGCCCCAAGUGGACUACGCGCGCGCGCGGGGCGCCCAAUGGCACCCAGAGGGGUCAGGGCCCCGAGGAGACACGCACAGGCCAAGAGGCCCGCGUCGCGGGCUACGAAGUGCGACUCGUCUGCCAGACACCUGGUGCAGAUAUCGUGUACUGUGUCUUUGACGGUUUGCUCGCCCCCAACACUCUGCCCCCACAGACGCUGUGGAAGGAGGAGAGGUACAACCCCAGCACACCGGUCUUUCUCUCCUUCCCCUUCCCAAAAACCCUGCUCGCGAGGGCCGUCAAGCCGCCGCUGCAGCCCUCGCGUCCGGCUCUUCUCCGUCUGAAUCCGCGGGGCUUGGCGUCGUCCUCGCAGCGCAGAGACGCCAGCAGCUCGACGCGACCGGCGGGCGGUGCAUCGACCGGCAGCGCCUCCGCGGCCGCGGCGGAGAGCGGUCGCGGACCAGUCGGCGAGUCUGCGAGACACGAAGCGGCGCCUCAAAGACAAGGCGACGAGGCGAGAGUAUCCGCCCCAAAGAGGGGCAGGGAGGCGCUUGCGGCCGCGGGCGGCGGCGGGCCCCCGAAAGAGACGCAACUCGGCGGUCCCGACGAACGAGGCGGCGAGAUCAAGGGAGACUGCACGGCCGCGGAGGCAAGCGGAGCAAGCGUCGCUGCGCAGGGGCAGGGUGCGCGCGAGGUCGCCGGCCAAAAAGAAACACCCGGCUCAGCCGCGGUGGCUGAUUCUUCACAGCUCCCCCCUCCUGCUUCACUGCGCCCAUCCACCCCUGAUACGCUGCGGCUCGCGCCUUCCCCCGCGAACGGCGCUGCCGAUCCCAGAUCAGCCACGAGCGCACAGGCGUCUUCAGCGCCUUCGGCCGCUGCAUCUGCAACUGGAAAACCGGGGGAGCCGGGCGGCGUGUCAGUCUCCGCACGCGCUGCCGCCGGCCGUCAAAGAGGAGAGACAACGGCGUUCCACGGCCUCAUGCUCGGCAGCACAAGGCGCAAUAAGAGGCGCGAAGAGAUGGAAGCGCAGAGACGAGAAGCCCCGCAGGAGUCCAGCGGAAGCGCGGAUAGCAGUAGCAGCAGCGGGGAGGACUCCAGUGACGACGAGGAAGAGGCGAAAAAAGGCGAGGGGGAGUGA